AUGAGUGAGGUCGUGGCUGUCCAUCGCUGCCCCGUCUGCUUCAAGACGUACAAGCGUCGGGAGCAUUUGCAAAGACACCGCGCUUCACACACGUCGGAACGCCCACACCGCUGCAUCCUGUGCAGCGCCUCCUUUCAACGGACAGACGUCUUGAAGCGCCAUAUUCAGACAUGCGACGGCCUGCCUCACGGCUCGUCUGGCCGCCGAAGGGCGUGUGAUAGAUGCGUCCGCCAGAAAAAAGCUUGCAACUCGGCCCAGCCCUGCCAAAAUUGCGCAAAACGCGCAGUCCAGUGCUUGUACUCGAGCGUUAGUUCAUCGACGGGCCAAGACGGAGAGCAAACGGGUAGCACCAGUGCUUCCAACUCCGUCGAGAACUUUUCCAACCUGCCCAAUACUCAGCAGCAGCAGCAGCAGACUCAGCAGUAUCAGCAUCAACAGCCCCUUCAUCAACAGCCUCGGCAGCUCCACCAGCAGCAGCAGCAGCACCAACAACAGCAACAGCAACAACAACAACAACAUCAGCAACACCCGCAGCGGCCGCAACUCCAGCAGCUCCGACCGCAACAACACCAACAACAAACGUACCAGCAGCAUCCACACCAGCCGCAACAUGAUCAGCAGCAGCGCCAGCAGCAUAACAUCCUCCAGGUUCAGGUUACCCAACCGCUGACUCAGAUCCCUCAAAUUGCUUCGGUUCCGGUUCCCCAGAUACCCCAUAUUCCCCAGGUCCAGGUUCCCCAGAUUCUCCAGCAGUCCCACCAGUCCCACCAGCCUCACCAUGCGCCCUUCAACCACCCCGGUGUGGUCCACUUUGACGACCUCGACAACCUCCUCCAUGACGCUGCUGGCCAGUUCCCGAUGCUUGAGCACAAUAACAUUCAAAUCCCCGACUGGCUUGAGAUCGAGUUGCCCAUGGGCACCCAUGCAAUGCAUACCCCGGAAGACAACACCACCUCCAGGUCGACUCCUUCUUCAGAGACUCAUCGUGGCUACUCUUUUCACUUUCUAUAUGAUUUCACUAGCAGGACUGGUCUCGUCAACUCGUUUGAAUGUGGCACAUACGCGCAAAGGAGAGCGAUCGUGGAUGCCUUCUAUGCCUCAUACGCCGAGCAGCAAAAACACCACCAACAGCUACAGCAGAUGCAGCAGCAUCAGCAACACCUUCAACAACAGCAACAGAUUCAAGGGCAGCUUGAAUUCCACCCCAUGGUUCCACAACUGCAGAACCCUAUGGGCCAGCCCCCCCUUUCACCAGCUUCGUCGUCAGCUGUCUCAACUUCGGCCACGCCGGAAAAUUACAGCUAUAUGCCAUGGACUCUUUGGUCCUCUUGGCUCAGUAAUCCAAUUAUUAUCAAGCUGCAAGAGAUUGUGGUUUCGAUAAUGAAUGUGGUCAGACAUAAGCCGUCUAACAGUACUUUGGGUACUCUGACUUGGACUCCCGAGAAAGAGCAGGAAUGUCUUCAGUUCUUCUCGCCGCAGAGAUUUGCCAAAUUCAUUGAGCUGUACUGGUCAUCAUGGCAUCCAAAUGUGAACUUUAUGCAUCGCCCUUCCUUCGACCCCACCAGCGCAAAGCCGAUUCUGCUGGCCGCCAUGGCUUUAAUAGGCAAUGACACUGAGCCUGGUUCUCCGGCCGACGAUGAUGCCAAUCCUGCUUCGGCUUUGCAUUGCAAGCGAAAGCUUCAAGCUUUGCAAGCUUCGUACAUCGUCUGUCUUUACCAGAAUUGGCAAGGUUCAGACACUAGUAAGAGGAGGAUUCGUCGCCAUCGCUUCAGCACUGUGGUAUCUGUGGCGAGAGAUAUCGGCAUUCCUAUGGCGAAGCAUCUCGAAUAUGGUCGGCAGCUCAAGCAUGAGUUUGACUGGCACGAGUACGUGGUGAGGGAAGAACUCAUACGCACCUUCCUAUGGGUAUUCCUUCUCGACACAGCCUUUGUCAUCUUCAACAAUCUCCCUCACCGCAUGGUGAUCAAAGAGAUGAGGAUGCACAUGGCUAGUCCGGAAGCGGUCUUCCAAGCUCCGACGGCAGAGAAGUGUCUCGAGGAGAUUUACCGGUGGAUGCCUUCGCCGAGUCCUAUUUGCAACACUCUGCUCCGCGAUGUGCUCGAAAACGUUAUCGGUACAACCCUUGACGCAGAUAUGUUGCAGAGACUGGCUCAGCUUGGGCCACUCAAUUUGUUUGUUGUUGUUUCCGUUUUCCAUUAUAUGAUAUUCCAGCACCAGAAUUUGUUCGGGGUGGAAGGCCAACUUGUACCAAUCCGCAACGGCCUGGACAACUGGAUAACGAUUUGGGAGUUAUGGUUCGAUAACUGGUCGUCCACGCCGCCCCACUGCAUGGCAGACAGCGACAACCUCACACCCGAAAACAUGUGGAGGAGGAUCGGUUUCGUCCGGUGUUCGGCCGAGUACUGGCUUCUUGGCAGUCUCCUCACGGACCGUAUCGCUCGCAAGACAUCGGGAGGCGUUAGAGAGGACCAGGGCAAGGGGUCGUCUCCGGAGUGUUACCCCGGCGAGAUGGCGGCAAGCGGCAAAGGCAAAUCGGCCGAACCAAUUCUUAUCAAGUACGACCAAACCAGCAUGCGGCAGGUCAACGAGUUGAUCAGCGACUUUAAGAAGAUUCAGAUUGACGAAAAUGAAUGA